AUGACCGAAUAUCGCUGCUCAAGAACGAACAAUAAAUAUGAAGCUAAUGUUCAACACCACAAUGUAAUAGCGAAUCAGCUUGCUCAGCGCAUCCAGCUAGAGCACCUUCAAAAAGUCCCACUGGAUGGUCAGCGUCGGGUGGAUACGCUCAACCUUCCCAGCAGCGCAGUUCAGCGAAGCCAAAAUAGUACUUCUACAGGUCGGCGAAAUCCUACAGACAAUUGUCGCGCCAAUGCGAAAUCUGUUGCCGCGACUCGCUUGGUAGCAUCCAUUUCGGUGGCGAAUCCUGUGAAGCUUGCUGCGCAUUCUUCCGCCGGACCG